GAGAGUGGAAAGUCUUGGGAAUUCAGUUUCUUGACUGUGACUUAGGGCAAAAACCAAACAAAUGAAGUGAACAAUGGUUACUUACACUCAUGGGAAGUUCAGUGAUUCAGACUUCCUUUAAGUUUCCUGGGCAGGGUGAUGCAAUUUAUUUCCACUUACAGUAUAUAAAGGGUCAGUGUCUGUUUGCAGGGCCGUUAAUGUUUGAUGCCUUUGUAAUGGAGUGCCUCUGGAUACACACAGGCCGUGAGGACAUUGCCCUUCUUGUCUGUGAACUAAAACUUGCAGUAACAAAAGCUCACAUCCGACGUAGCUCAGACAGGUACAUGGGAAGUUCUCUUUCAAAGUGGUGAGCUCCCUUCCUUCCUGGCCCUGAGAGGACAAACUGUGAGGGGGCUCUGUGUGAGCAGGAGGGAUCCAGUUGCAGGCAGCUGAAUCGGUGCUCUGUUGGGUCUCCCCUGGACACUGUCAUAGCGUGUUUGCUGAAGGCGGGUCAAUGAGGACUUUCUUUGGCAGAGGAAUUUCACAGCACACGACAGCGCACACACAAACACACACUGCAACUAGUGCAGCCCUGCAACCCAGAUCCCUGCUACUCUGGUGAGAACGGAAGUGGAUGUUGCUGAAGCAGGAGGUGAAAGAAGGCUGUCAAAGAAAGCUGGUCUACUGGUUUAAAUUUCACUUGAUGACAUUGAUUGGUCAUUUGUUAUAACCGCAAUGCGUUCAUCGUAUCUUCUGUAAUGAGGUGGAACAGAGCAGUUGUGAGGCACAAACAGAAGGAGUGUUUACAUGGUGAAUUUUCAUCUGUCAAAUAGAUUAUACCAUGAAAGUUGUACCACCCCUGUCACAAGAAAUAAAAUAUAUUUCAAAAGGAGCCAAUUUAUCUGUGAGGUGAUUACAUGAAGCUUCUUUACUGCAACUGGGCCUCACCUAUACUGAUAAUACAAGGAGGAAAAUUGCUCUGGAUCUCAGGGUCAUACCUUGUGUUUUUGGUUUCAACAAUUUUUGUGACCUGAAGUGGAGUUUUUAUUUGAGCCUGACCAAUAAACAGACUGAUUCUAGCUUAUCACUGAUAUAAAUGUCAAACACAUUCCCAUGGCAAUUCAGAAACACAAUUGCCAUUACACAGUUUGUCCACAAGAGGUCACUAACUAGUUCAAAAAACAAUCUCAACUCAAGGUCACCUUACAUGCAUGUUUUUGACCGUAUCACAUGGUCUUCAUCGGCAGCUAAAUUUUGCUCAGCUGCUGUGUUAAACUUAAAAACAUUAUUAAAAAAACAUUUUGAACACUUCUGUGAGAUCUUGUCCGUUUUGUCUUUUUAAAGUUGAUCAGUUUAACAUUCAGAAUAUAGUUGUUGUGAGUUGACUUGUCAUGGAUUGAAAAACAUAGGUGUUACUAAAAGCAUUAAUGAUGGCUCUGUUCUCUUAAACUGUCCCACUAAUGCUGCAUUUCAGACAACUCAGAAGUUGAGAUUUUCCUGCCUCUUAGAAACAGUACAAUAGAAUGUCACUCAAAGCUGAGGGUCCUACUUGUGAACUUGGGGCAAGUCCAUCUUCCCCUUCUUCAUGGAGAAGCAGUUGUUUCACUUCACACAAUUUUAUUAUUUACACCUGUGUUUUUAUUACUCGGUGUGUCUGCCAUGAAAAUUGUAAUUUAAUCUUUAACGUAUGUAAUAAAAUGUUGAACUUUUUUCAAAAUAACAGUAAAUUUUACAGAGGGUUUUUGGUGGCUGUUGGAAGUUUCCUUCAAGGGUGUGUGGGGUGGCUGAGGGGGGCUGGACUCAUGGGCUCAGUAUCUCUAAAAUCCUCUGUGUGGCCCUGAAAAUGCUGCUAUUGCAACAAGCAGCUUCAACAUCAAAUGUGUUCAGUGAUUUAAAACCGCACAUAAAACCUGACUGACCACAAAUACACACACAACGUAUAUGUUACACGUACAAUGUGAGAGGACCCUGCUCUCUAAAAAGACACACCUUCAGCUGUAGGAACUCCAAUUUUGUUUCCCUCGAUGUCAGCUGAGGGCGACAGAGGGAGGUGUUCCCCCCUCCCGGUUCUCAAGAUUUCCCUCGGUCCACAAUAAACUUUCAUUUUGGGAAGUCGACACACACACAUACACACACACAACGGCGGUCGUCAUCUUGUCCUGCAACUGUUCCCCGGGAGAGCUGGACCAGCCUUGACUUGACGUUCAUUGUACUUUGCAAAACGCGCGAAAGGGAUACUGGAGAAAACAUAGGAAGCGCACAGGUGGAGCUCUCCGGAGCGUCUUUUUGUAAAAAAAAAAAAAAAUUGCUGUCACCUUCUGGAGGGAGGCUACAGGGAUACAAAAGGGGGACAAGACAAUGACAGAAAGCAGCAGUUUCACUGCAGGUUAAUCCAACAGUUUUUGCUUUGUUGCUUUGUUUUUGUUUUCCGGUUCGUUCACUCCUCGCGCGACCCCUCAAUGAACACCUGGAAUGGAAAAACUUUAUCUGCCUCGUCUGGACUGUAGUAAAAACUCCCAAGAAAGAAUGAAGUAACCGCUAUGGAGCCGGACAAUGCCCCGUACUCCAAACUCAAAACCACUGGAGUCGGGGGGAGAGUUCUGAUUCUUUGGACUAUACUCUCUUGCACCUGCUCUCUAAGGCUUGCACAAGCACAAGAUGUGGAUGUUCUGCAGCAGCUCGGGCUUUCGGGGCGAAGGGCAGGCGGGUCAUCAUCUUCAGGUGCUCGAUCCAUCCCUAAUGGCAUCAUCCCCUUUAAGUCUGGAGUUAUCCUCACCCCGAGGGCACGUAUCCAGGUGCCUCUGCGCACUGUCAUCCCUGCUAACUACAGCUCCACCAAUCUUUCCCUGAUCCUCAGCCUGUCUGUUCACCGCAUCAACAGCGCUUUUCUUUUCUCAGUGCAGUCUAAGAAACGGAAAGUGCAGCUCGCAGUGCAGUUCAUCCCAGGCAAGGUCCUGGUACAUGUGGGACACAGGAGCUCUGUGAGUUUCGACUAUGAUGUCCAUGAUGGCCGGUGGCAUAGUCUGGCCUUGGACAUCCAAGGUCAUCAGGUGUUCUUACACACUUCUUGCGGAGAGAAUAGCAUACAUACAGAUUUGCCCUCUAAAAAAGUGGAGGCCCUGGAUCCGGAGGGCUCUUUCCUGCUGGGCAAAAUGAACCACAACUCGGUGCCGUUUGAAGGUGCCAUCUGUCAGUUUGACAUUUAUCCCUCUGCUAAGGCAGCUCAAAACUAUUGUGAUUACAUUAAGAAACAUUGCAGAGAAGCCGACACGUAUCGGCCCAUGUUUCCACCCCUGCUACCUCUAUUUUCCACAGACCCAAACAUUACUGUUACUCAUAUAACUCCACUGUCAAUGACGGAGCUUUCCAAGAAGGGCCAGAGACCUACUCUGGCCUUGAUUGAGGAAAACACCAGGACUACAAUUCUUGUUCCAACUGACCGCUUGCUAAUGCAGAACAAAACAUCUGUGUAUCAGACUGCAAGCACUCCAAAACCUGGUGCUGUGUCUGUUUCUCCACCGGUUCAUCCAGGGUUGGAAAGCCCGUUAAAAUUUCCAACUCAAACGGUUACUACAUCUCUUAGGAUCAGCGUGACACCACCAAACCCAACUUUACAUGCUGGUAAGAACACAAAGCAAGGACAUACGAACACCCUGAAACCCUCUGGGAAUAGUUUGGAUUUACCUGCUUCCACCAGACCAUCAGAGAUGAAGCCAAACCUCCAGACCACAGCUGCUUCCACACAGGGGUCUCCUUCAAACGCCUACCUUCCCCAUAAAGAGAAGUUGAGCACAGUAGCUCCAAAGAAACCUGAGCCAAAAGUGACCAGUGUGCAGGAUGUCAAACCCACCUCGCUUAUUCCAGUCACUCCAGCUGCAACAGAUGGCUUCCAAACAUUUGACCUGGAACCGACCCACUUCUCACUGCUGGCUGGACCACCUGGACUAAAGGGAGAACCAGGACCGCCGGGCCUUCAAGGACUUCCAGGGUUGCCAGGAAAGCCAGGGAAGAGGGGCCCACGAGGUCCCCCUGGCCCACAUGGAAACCCUGGUCGUCCUGGACCUCCUGGAGUGAAGGGACAAAAAGGAGAUCCUGGACUUUCCCCUGGUCAAGCCCCAAAAGGAUAUAAAGGAGAGCCUGGUGUCAUGGGCCCCCCUGGACUGCCUGGCCAAAAUGGACGAAAGGGACAAAAGGGUCAUCCUGGUCCUUCUGGUCUCCCAGGUGAACCUGGUCAGCGGGGAGAUGAUGGAAGCCCUGGGGCCAAAGGCUAUCCUGGCAGGCAGGGUUUUCCUGGGCCUAUAGGAAAAAUGGGGCCAAAAGGAGUCAGGGGUCACAUUGGCAUCCCUGGGCUUUUUGGCCUCCCUGGUCCUGAUGGCGAGAGAGGAGGUCCUGGCGUUCAUGGGAAGAAGGGCAAGAUGGGUAGGCCGGGGUUUCCUGGUGAUUUUGGAGAGAGGGGACCUCCUGGGCCUGAUGGUAACCCAGGUGAACUCGGAGCUCCUGGCCCAUGUGGAGUCCCUGGUCUUAUUGGAGACAUGGGCCCUGUUGGCAUGAUGGGAUUUGCAGGACCGCCAGGACUCAAGGGAGUACCAGGAAACCCAGGGGAACCAGGACUGAAAGGUGAUAAGGGGGAUUUUGGUGUGCCAGGAGAGCCAGGGGAGUGUGGAUUCCAAGGGGACAAGGGUAUCCGUGGCUCACCUGGGUUGCUGGGGCCGCGUGGAAAACCUGGACCGCAGGGCAAACCUGGUGAAAAGGGCCCUACUGGUUUACCUGGCCCUCCUGGCCCAGAGGGCUUUCCAGGUGACAUUGGCCCACCGGGUCAAAAUGGCCCUGAGGGACCCAAGGGAAAGCAAGGGACAAGAGGUUUGCCAGGUCCAAGAGGAACACCUGGACUUCAGGGUGAUGAGGGACCAGUUGGGCCAGCUGGACCCGCUGGACUCGAGGGCAGGCCUGGGAGGCAGGGAUUCCCUGGAUUGACAGGCCCAGAUGGACUCAAGGGCGAGACCGGGAUAACUGGCGAGGUCGGAAAGCUUGGCGAGAGGGGACUGCCUGGUUUUAUUGGACCAAUUGGAGAGAUGGGCAUUGCUGGAGAAAAGGGGGAUCGAGGGAAAACAGGCGCCCCCGGGCCGCCAGGUGAACCAGGGCCGAUGGGUCACACUGGAAUGCCUGGAGAGACGGGGCAACCUGGACCACAAGGAAUCCCAGGGCCUCCUGGUUCUCGGGGAUCUUUCGGCAUCAGAGGACCCAAAGGCAUCAGGGGUCCAAGGGGUCCUGAUGGGCCAGUGGGGGAGAAAGGGUCUACAGGAAUAAAGGGCCCUGAUGGUCCACCAGGAAAAGUGGGCCUCCCUGGAGAGAUGGGAAGGCCUGGCGAGCCGGCUGAAGCUGGGCCUAAGGGAUUUCCAGGUGUUCAAGGACCCUCGGGACCUCCAGGAGCCAAAGGAAUUGCUGGAGAGCCAGGACCACCAGGGCCACCAGGAACGAUUGGGCCACUGGGGGAGAUGGGGCAGAUGGGUCCACCAGGGAAGGCUGGAGAGAGAGGGCCACCUGGUGAAACCGGAGAGAAGGGUGCCACUGGUCUACCUGGCAACAUUGGGGAGCAGGGUUUGAUAGGCCAGAGAGGUGAGCCAGGCAUUGAUGGGGAGGCUGGACCAAGUGGACCCGAUGGAGCCAAGGGUGAAAAGGGGGAUGCUGGUUCAGAGGGCGCCAAAGGAGACAGGGGUGAAAUUGGCUUGAAAGGAAAGGAAGGACCUCCCGGGCCUCCUGGACUAGUGGGUGUGAGGGGUCAGGAGGGUAAACCUGGCAAAAUUGGUGAAAGAGGAAAACCAGGAGAAAAGGGGAGCAAAGGUCACCAAGGUCACCUGGGAGAGACUGGGCCAAUCGGUGAGCAGGGAGAAAUGGGGUUUGUUGGACAGAAGGGAGCAAGAGGAACCAUCGGGCCAGUGGGUGCUCCAGGGAGAAUGGGCCAACAAGGAAAUCCAGGCAUAUCCGGUUACGAGGGUCACAUGGGACCACAAGGCCCACUGGGACCUCCUGGGCCAAAAGGUGAAAAGGGUGGACAGGGGGACGACAGCAAGGUAGAGGGUUCUCCAGGUCCCCAAGGUGACAGAGGUCCUCCUGGAGACAGAGGAGAGAGAGGAGAGCCAGGUGACCCUGGAUACAUUGGUCAAAUGGGUUUUGAUGGAAAGAGAGGAGAUGCUGGUGCUCCAGGGCUUCCUGGACAUCCUGGGCCAAAGGGACAACCAGGGCUGAAAGGAUCCAAAGGUGAUCAAGGUCAGAAAGGAAAGACGGGGGCAACAGGUGCACCUGGGACCAAAGGACCACCAGGUCUGGAGGGUCCUCCUGGUCCACGGGGGGUUGUGGGCAGGGAGGGACUUGAGGGGCCGCCUGGAAUGGAUGGACAGCAUGCUAAAGAUGGAAGUAAAGGAGUCAAGGGGGAGCAAGGAGAAGAUGGAGCGGUGGGCUCACCUGGAAAACCUGGAUGGCCAGGUAAAACUGGUGUGACAGGGCUUCCUGGAAGUCAAGGCUCCUUUGGGCAAAAGGGUGAGAGGGGUCUCCCAGGCCAUACUGGUCCAUCAGGAAAAAAAGGCUCUAUUGGUGGGAUGGGAAUGCCAGGAAAACAAGGAGACCAGGGACCUAAAGGGCAACCAGGAGACACUGGUGAACAAGGAUUUCCAGGAGUGUUUGGUCUGUUUGGACCAAAGGGACCUCCUGGAGACACUGGCCCAGCAGGGAUACAAGGACCAAAAGGACCACGUGGUUUGAUGGGUAUGGAGGGAGCUUUGGGCCCCGUUGGCAUCAUUGGCCCCAGCGGUCAUCCUGGACCCCAGGGUGACAAAGGAAGUCGGGGGGAGACGGGGAUGCAAGGACCAAAGGGAUCACCGGGUCCUCGUGGACCACCAGGACCACCAGGUCUUCCCAGUUCUGCCGUUUCACUUAGAAAUGAGGCCCUUGGCGCUGCCUUUCAAGUAAUUAUUGAUUCCCAUGCUGCACUGAGGCAAGAGAAUUAUCAAAGCAUGGAUCUGCCCAUGUUAGACCAGGGCACAGAGAUUUUCAAGACCCUGCAGCACCUCAGCACUCUGAUCCAAAGUUUAAAGAACCCACUGGGAACCCGUGACAAUCCUGCCAGAAUCUGCCGAGACCUCUACAACUGUGAACACAGGAUGUAUGACGGCACUUAUUGGAUCGACCCAAACCUUGGCUGCACCGCUGACACUAUUGAAGUGACAUGCAACUUCACUGCCGGAGGACAGACUUGCCUGAAACCUAUCACAGUAUCCAAGUUGGAGAUAGGAGUGGGUCGUAUCCAGAUGAACUUCAUCCACCUUUUGAGCACUGAGGCCGUGCAGCACAUCACCGUUCACUGUCUCAACACACCUGUGUGGGCAGCAGGGCCCUCCCUACAGCCUUCAACCAAGGCUGUAAGCUUCAAAGCCUGGACUGGCGAGAAGAUCCAGGCAGGAGACCUCCUGGAGCCUCUCAUACCCAAGGAUGACUGUUGGAUCAAAGAUGGCCGCUGGCAUCAGACCCACUUCAUCUUCCAGACCCAGGACCCAAACUUACUCCCCAUAGUGGAUGUGUACAACCUACCAACAACAGAACCUGGUGCACGCUAUCACCUCGAAGUUGGGCCUGUGUGCUUCCUAUAGGGCCCUGUGGAGGGGCCAGGAAUACUCCUGCAUGCAGGAGUGACUGGAUGAGGGGGAUGGAUAGGGAUGAAUGGCCCUUCAGACCCCUGUUUCAUCUCUACAAAAUAUGCUUGGACUGCAGAACAGGAGGGGGCACCAGAGAAAGGCGGCCCAUUGGAAAUGCAGAGAUAAGACUUCUGGCACUAAUCAGCCUAUGGAAAACAAAAAUAAGCUCCGUUUUCAGAGACUUGUUUGUGUGAUACAAGAUCUGAAUGCCCCUUUUGGAAGUAAUAUCAACGUCAUUUCUGUCAUCUCUUGGACCAUGUUGUAUCAUAUUUUCUUCACGGUCUGAUACCGGAUUUUGCAAGAACCUAAAAAAGUUUUUCAAGAGAUCUGUACAGAAAUAUGGAACAGUAACAUCUGCAAAUGCAAUAAUUCCUAUUUUAAUGUUAAAGUAUUAUUUAUACAUGUAUAUGUACUGUAUAUUGUAAUAUAAAGUGCAAUAGUUAUUGUUCUACAGCCUUUAGGCAUAUACAGUAUCAACAUCAUAUCACUCAUUCAGGUAUACAGUGUGCCUCAGACACACAGGCAUACUGCCGCCAGGUAAGUGUUCUUGAGCCUCUACUAACUGUCCAGUGCUGAGAGACCCCACAUUUAAACAGACAUCUUCACCAAAACAACUGCUGUGUGGUACUUUCCAUGUUAAAGUGGACCCAAGGUUUCCACAGUGUGAACCAAGAAAAGUGUGUCAAGAUGCUACCUCGUACUGCACCUCUCAUCUCACAGCAAGCGAGUCGUCACCUGAUAUAAUCUGGGAUGACACAGAGGUGACACCUGGUGCUGCAACAGUUGACACUCGUAUGAUAAACUCUUGUCAGCUCUCAGCAAAGCAAUGUCUGUGCUUUUACGAAAAAGGGAAGAUUGUAAACUAUACCCACAGGCCAAAUACAAUAAAUUAUAUUUUCAAGGUAGUAUUUUAACAUUUUGCAAUAUUCUUUGUAUGAGUCUGACACUAUAACUUAAUUUUUUCUUUUUUGUUAAAAUGUAAAUGUAUAAUUAUGCAACCUUUAUUAUCUACAGUGGAUUCUAUUUAAAUACUAUUUAAAUUCUGAUUAGCUUUCCAGUUCAAAACCAGGCAUCAAGGUCAUGUUUUUAGCAAUGUUUUUGUCACUUGGAGCUUUAAAACUUCUACAGUCUGUAUGAGGGUUUAUAUAUAUAUAUAUAUAUAUAUAUAUAUAUAUAUAUAUAUAAAAUUAAGCUGUCCUAAACAUUCAACUGUAGGACAUUACCAGCCUGAUUAUUAUUUACUGUUAAUGCUUCUGACACUACAAUGUGCAGCAAUUAUGGUUGGUCCCACCAAUCUAUAAACUCAGAGGAUUUCUUACAAUACACAACAUUAAACUACCACAGUACAUGAGCUUACAGUGUUUGGUCUGUACAGAUGUUCUAUGCUGCGUGAAUGAAGUCUAAUGACUUAACAGGUAAUUCAAUAAAUGUCUGAAAACCUU